AUGGUUCUCUGCAUUCAGUUGGAAGAGAUCGGCAUUGAAUCCCGCUUCUUCACAUUUUCCUUCCAUUACCAAUUUAGGGCAUACAAUGCAGUCCUCGUCACGGGCCUCGUGCUCACAGUCCUGCACGCUCUCAGCUCCUUCGUCCUCAUCCUCGCCGCCGAACGAAACAUGAAGAACCUCCACCUGCCCUGGAUCCUGGUGCAUCCUUCGCUGACGACGGCCUUGCUGGUCCUGCUGGGGAUCCUUGCAGGCUCGUUCGGGCGGGACAUCUACUCUCGCUACGCCGUCGCGACCAUCUUUGCCAUGUUCGUCAUCUUCUGGAUUCUCGUCUACAUGUGGGUCGUCGUCGUGGGGAACUAUCAGCGGCUCGGGAGGACCAGGACGCAGGACAUCGCCCAACUGCUCGAGAAGCGCCAGAGCAAGGAGUACUUGGGGUACUCCAAGCGGUACGCCCUGGACUCCACCAUGGGGAUGUCGAAGGGGUCCUGGGCUGCGCCGCCCCCGCCCCGGGGGCCGUCCCCGCCGCCCCCUGCGCUCUACAAUGAGUAUCGGGGUCCGAUUUGAACGCGGCACGGUCGGCGGAGGAAAUUUCUUUUUUUUCGCACGGAGUUCGUGAAAUGGCACGGAUUUAUCAUAAUCGAUAUCACUUCGUGAAGCCCUACCCGAAGGGGAUAUUCUCGAGAUCGGUCAAGUCGUCGACCCAGCGUCAAUCACAUUACAACCGAAAUUGCUAAACACAAAAGAAGACCAUUCAUCUUCUCAUUAAAAAAAAGUAUUUAGAAUGUCCCGCGGCCUUGCCGUCAUUGUCGAAACCAGAAACCAACGGAACCCUGUUGCAUCAACUUUUCCGCGUACCGAUGAUUCCCGUGAACCCGGGGAGGCCGAUUUUCCUCCUUCCGAAGCAAAAAAAAAGUACAAAUCGGGUGUUUUACUUCAAGCACAUGGGUAAAUGAAAUAUUGCAAAUGAGUGAAUGCGGAGAAAGACUCAACGUGUUAAAUAUGAGCUCAAUUUUCCAGCUUCGAAUUGAAAAAUUUCAUUUGACCAACUGAUCCGUCUUGUUUCAGAUUUCAAACUUAAAAACGGUAAAUUUGAAACUGCAUUCCUUAACCGUGCUGAAAAUUUCCUUCUAAGUAAUGGAGACGAAAUUCGACUUUUUUUUCUCUCUCUUCUUCCCCCAACCCUUUUUUCUCUGCGUCUCCCAC